UUGUCAUCCAUGAUGUGGGAACUCCGCUCUGUGGCCUUCACUCGAGCUAUCCUUGCUGAAUUCCUAGCCACUCUCCUCUUCGUCUUCUUCGGCCUGGGCUCAGCUCUGAACUGGCCUGCUUCCCCACCAAAUGUCCUCCAGAUUUCUUUCGCAUUUGGCUUGGCCAUUGGUACCUUGGUUCAAGCAGUGGGUCAUGUGAGUGGAGCCCAUAUUAACCCUGCAGUGACAGUGGCCUGCCUGGUAGGUUCCCAAAUCUCCUUUCUCAGGGCCAUCUUCUACAUGGUGGCACAGAUCCUAGGAGCUGUGACGGGGGCUGCCGUUCUGCAUCAGAUCACUCCGGCUCAUAUCCGUGGCAGCUUGGCCAUCAACAGGGUGCAAAAUAACUCAACAUCAGGACAAGCUGUCGCCAUGGAGAUUUUCCUCACUUUUCAAUUGGUUCUGUGCAUUUUUGCCUCCACUGAUGCUCAUAGGACCGACAACCUAGGAUCCCCAGCUUUGUCUAUUGGUUUCUCUGUCGUCCUGGGUCACCUCAUUGGGAUCUACUACACUGGCUGUUCCAUGAAUCCUGCCAGAUCUUUUGCCCCUGCUGUGAUUCUUGGUGAAUUUGACCACCAUUGGGUCUUCUGGCUGGGUCCCAUGGUUGGAGCAGUGGUGGCUUCCUUGAUCUACAAUUAUGCUCUCUUCCCUCAUAGAAAGACUCUGUCAGAGAGGCUAGCAAUCUUCAAAGGCUACGAGCCAGAAGAAGACUGGGAGGAGCGGGAAGUUCGCAGGAGGCAGUCAAUGGAGCUGCAUUCUCCCCAGACUUUGCCUAGGGGAGUGAUGGAAAAAGUCUAAACAAACCCUGACAGCCAGUAAAAGCAGCCGGGUCAUAGCUAACCAUGUUCUUCUGAGCCAAAUAUACAUCCAUAUAUGCUACAGAUACAGUGUGCGUAUUAAACUCUUCCUGGAUCAGAAUGGAUGUUCUUCUGUUAUAGACAUCCAAAUGUGUAUCCAUUUUCUCUUCAAAUUGUAAAAGAUGUCCCUUUUGCUCUCAAGGAUGCUCUUAAAGAGAUUUAAAGCAGUUGUUGUAGAUCAAAAGGAGCACAUAGCAGAAAUGUGUAUAUGUUGAUGAAAGCAUUCAGGGACCAUUUUUUUUCUUCUCUGGUUCAAGCUAGCUAAAUUUCACAUGAGUUUUCUAGAACUCUGCAUGAAGAACUCUGGAAAUUCUCUACCUCCCUCCCUCCUUCCCUCUGUCAUCUGUCUAUCUGUCUAUCUCAUUUGGAUAUGUUGUCUCCUCCAGACACUACAAUUGCACUUUUUGGAGGUAAUAAUGGUAUCCAGAAUGACGGCCUGGAAAAAUUAGGAAAUAGAAACUUACACUCCUAGGCCUGUAUACUUGUAAACCGAUUGCACUGGCAUUAUUUAUUUCAAAGCAUGCAAGCUUACACGGUAGCUUUAGGUUGCAGUCCUAAAUAUACUCCCUAAAGAGUGAAGCCCAUGGAAUAAAAUAGGAUUUGAGUAAGCACGCAUAGCAUUAUUCUGCCCAUCUCAUAAAGGGCAGAAUAAUGCCAUUUUGCUUCUCAUCCAGUUUUUCACCAUGCACAUAAUGGUUCCUUUCUCUAUGGUUUUAUGUUUUAUUAAAAUACAAUGUAGUGCUUAUGCUGAAUUUUAGAACAAACAAAGAUCGGAGAUCUUGAGAUCAGAUCUACUUGUUGCUGCCACAUUCAUUUUUUUCUUUAAAUCAAAGGUGUUUGUUACGAACCUCCUGUAUAUCAUUGCAGGUGUUUUUUUUUAAUCCAAGUUUUCUUAAAUUACAACUUCAUUAAUACUUUCAGAAGAUGGGAGAGCAUCUAUUUGCAAAAUCAAAGGGAAGAAACAAGCCCUGGCUAAAUUAAGCCUUAACCAUCUUUCCCUGUAUUGUUCUACAGAAGGCAACUGGUAAAUUCACCUUAAAUAGUUUAUUAGGCAAGAUUUGUUUUCCAUUGCUGUACAUGUUGUAUUCAUUUUGCAAAGCUUGAAGCAUGUUGCCUUGGAUCAUUUUUCCAUGCAGUGGAGAGCAGGGUGGGUAUGUUUUAGUCAAAGCAACAACUGCAUCUCUCUCUGUAUGUGUGUGUGUGUGUGUGUGUGUGUGUGUGUGUGAAUUGUUCAAAAUGCAUUGCGAAAUAUCACUUCCUUGUUUUUCAUAUUGCAUUCUUUAAGGAAAUGAGAUCUUUAAAAAAAAUUGAGGCACUUUUCACAUGAUUGCCUUUUUAAAAAUUGUAUCAUGUGUUUGGCAUAAGAUGCCUUUGAUGCUGUGGGUUGAUAUGCACUAAAACAUACUGAACUACCUAAUAUAGAUGUCUUACACCUAAUGCCUUGUGGAUAAGGUGCAAAUAUUGGAGGGAUGAAUCAGAUGCUGUGCAAUAAAAUUGAUACUGUAAAAGCAUUACACUGAAAAAAGAAUGGGUGAUUAAUUUCAGGUGCUUCUAUACAAGCCAUUUUCUGUAAUGAUAGGUUUUUUUUCUAACUAAUUCCUAAGGAUUCAGAUGAGGAAGAUCAUGCUGCAUUUUUCUCUUUUGGCUGUAUUUAAUCGUCACCACCAUCAUCCUAAUAUUAGAACCUGAACAGAGUUGGUUGAAAGAUAGACAGCUAUAUAAAUGUUUUACAAACAAGCAAACAACAAACAAAGUUAAAACAACUACAAUAGCCUGUGGGCUCCUAA